CCCGGCUCCGCUCCGCUCCGCUCCUCCGCUCCGCUCCUCCUCUCUCGCAGGGCUAUGGCCGAGUGGGCCCCCGCUCAGGACCUGGAGUGGGCCAUGGAACCCCAGGAGCUGUCCCUGGAACAGCCCUUGGCCGCCCCCGAGGAAGGGCCCGGCGGGGAGGCCGAGCUGCCCGCCGCCGAGAUCUCGGUGACGCUGGUGACAGAGGUGCAGGCCGUGGACAGGAAGGUGGAGGCGCAGGCGGCCCAGCUGAUGAACCUGGAGGGCAGGAUGAGGAUGGCCGAGAGCAAACUGAUCGGCUGCGAGAGGACGGCUGUGGAGUUUGGCAACCAGCUGGAGAGCAAAUGGACGGCCCUGGGCACCCUCAUCCAGGAGUAUGGGCAGCUGCAGAAGAGGCUGGAGAACAUGGAGAACCUGCUGAAGAACAGGAACUUCUGGAUCCUGCGCCUGCCCCCCGGGGCCAAGGGGGAGGUCCCCAAGGUCCCCAUGGCGUUUAACGACACCUCAUUUAGCUUCUCGGAGGACGAGUGGAAGAACUUGAACGAGUGGCAGAAAGAGCUUUACAGGCAUAUCAUGAAGGGCAACUACGAGGCCGUGAUCUCGAUGGAUACCGCGAUUUCGAAACCUGACCUCCUGUCACGGAUUGAGCAAGGAGAGGAUCCCAAUGCUGAGGACCAGGAUGACUCUGAGGGAGGAGAAACCCCUACGGAUCCCAGCACCGAGUUUUUCUUCCCUGGUCCCGAUGACAACUCGUGGAGUAAAUAUGAAGAUACCCUGGCUGAAAGUCACUACGGUUCUGAAGAAGAAGAAGAAGAGGAAGAAGAAGAGAGCAUGGAGGCUCCCAAUACAUAUGCGCAGCAGUGCGACGAGGAAAGCCCCGACAGCCUCGAGCUUCCUGCCUCGUUAGCGGGGAAGUGGGAUGAUGUUUUCUCCAACCCGGAGGAAGAGUUAAAGCCGAGCAGCAAGAAUCGGAGCGGGUCGGGCGCGCAGCAGAGAGGCGCAGCGGGCAACGGGCUGAGGCGCUCCUCGCGCCGCGGGAGGGAACUGUCAAAGAAGGAAGCUCCCGAGGAAAUGGCCGCAGAGGAGGGGCCGUACAUCUGCUGCGAGUGCGGGCAGAGCUUCCUGGACAAGGAGCUCUUUGCAGCCCAUCAGAGAGCGCACGUGGACGAGGAGGCCUGCACUUCCCUGGAAGCCGGGGAAAGCUUCAGGCAGAAAUCCAAAUCCUCCGCCAAGGGCCAACGCUCCAGACCGUCCAAGCGCGCCAAUUCAGAGAAGGGCUCCGGUUUCAAGUACGGCUUCGUCAGGCCGAACAACAUGGUGGAAAGGCCCUACACCUGCUCGCAGUGCAAAGAGAGCUUCAGCCUGGAGGUGAGCCUCAUCCUGCACCAGAAGCUCCAUACGGGGAAGGGCGACGGGCCGCUGACCUGCACCUACUGCGGGAAGGACUUCCGGGACCUCUCCAAAGCCAUCCGCCACCAGCGCAUCCACACGGGGGAGCGGCCGUACCAGUGCACCGAGUGCGGGAAGAGCUUCAUCCGCAGGGACCACCUGCUCAAGCACUGGCGCGUCCACACCGGGGAGACCCCGUACCAAUGCCCCGUGUGCGGGAAGCACUUCCGCUACAAGGAGUCGCUGAAUUGCCACCAGAAGAUCCACUCCCGCAACCCCCGGCCCAUGGAGGAGGCCCUGCAGCACAACCUGGAGUCGGCCACUCAAACCAGCCUCUUCUGUUUGAAGACGGAAACCAAGCAGUAGCGACGGGCGGCCGGGGCGGAAGGGCUCGCAGUGACGGAACGGUCGAAGCCGGUGGACGCGCAGCAUGGCGAGAGGUGAACUUGUAUCGCAGCUAAUCCAUGUGGUCUUGCUACCAAGCCCGCUUUGUUGAAGCAUCUUAGGAAUUCCUCUAAAAAAAAAACUCUGAUACGAAGGCCUGGGCACCUCUUCGGCCCCGCGGGGUUACGUGGGACUUCCUUGGCGGCGUAGGCCUCGUAUUACUUGUCCCCUACGCAGGUUUGGAUAUUGCCUGUAGAGAAUGCUCCUGAGAGAUUCUCCGGGGAUCUGUAUUUAGCAGGUGUUUCCCCACCUAUCUUUGUGCAUAUUCAGGAGUGACAAGCUUUCGCUUUCAUUCUUUUUCUGCUCGUUUCACCACAAGGCUGGACGACGGAGGAAGGGAAGACGCCAUUCCCGGGCCGCCGGCCGCCCGCUCCGGCUGCAGUGACGCACCUCGAGCAGCAGCCCCGUGCCACCAGGCUGGGCUGCCACAAGGGGACAGAGGCGAAGCAGGGCCGUGGUUAGGGACGUGGGGCAGAACUUGUCGAAGGCGGAAAAGCAGAGAGGAGAGAACAGCGAAGUGCAAGGUGAGAAAAAGAAGGCGGAGGAGGAAAGGACGGGAAGGAGAAAGGGCUGAGGACAUUGGAGCAGGAGGAGUUGGGAGAGGAGGUGUGGGUGCGCAGAGCAGCCGGGUCUCUGAUCCGAAGAGGAGAUGUCUGUGUGCUUUGGAAGGACGUUGCUGUCGUUUCCCUCUGGCGUGGGGGAGCAGCGCUGCUGGUCUGUCAUAGGAACUCCCGUUGGAGAAGGUGGUUUUACUGUUACUUUAUUACUGGGUUUGGUCUCACACUCAGGUAAGUUGGACAAGUGAAAGGAACUUCUCCUAACCCCUGUAAAGAGCUGUUCGGUUUUCAGUUAAUGUAGAAGUAGGAUGUUGUUGUUACUGUUGUUAUUAUUAUUAUUAUUAUUAAUUAUUAUUAUUAUUAUUAUUAUUAUUAUACAAUGAAAUGUGUGGCACUAUAUUUCACCAUGGAUCUAAAACACUUCAAUGUAUGCGGUGACUGACCGGAGUUUUCCUGACGUCCCUGUAAAUAUCGGUUGACUUUGGCACUCAGUGGUGUUGUUCUCAAGGUGACUGUGAGCAGUGUCUCUUCCGCUGUGUAUCGUUGGCUGCUGAUUAGUGGUUGUGUUUUGUAAUAACUUUUGUAAAGUCUGUCAAUACAGUGUUUCCAUUCUGAA